AUGGCAGAAGAGGUAAACGGGCGACUGUCGAGCCGUGUGCUCAACAUGAAGUUUAUGCGACAGGCGGAUCAGGCGGAGGAGGCUCAAAAACAGGAAGAAGAGAAACGGCAUUUAAUCGACUCUAGCGAGUGGAGAUUGGCCGGAAAUGAUCACAUCAAGGCACGACUGCGGCCCCAGUGGCAGCAUAUUGGAGCCACCGCUCUUUGGGGCCAUCAGCAGGCGACUGGGGCCGUUGGAAGACGCAAAAUGGGUGUACCUGAGAAAUCUAGUGAAGAAACGCAGCAGGAAGCGGACAUAGAGACGCUUUGGAAGGCUCAAAAGCGCAGUAGAGGGGAAGAAGAGUCCGCUGAAAGUGAUGGUGAGUCAGAAGGUCUCAAGAAAAGAGGAUCGGAUGAUAAAGUUGUGGAAAAGACAGGAAACGAUUUGGGUAAGGCCACUGCCAAUGGGAAGAAUAAGACUUCUCAACCGCCUUCGAAACGUGCAAAGUCUGGCAAAGCACACAGACAGUCCAAGAAACUUGAGAAGGACAAAAAGUAG